CUUCCCGGCGGGGUCCUGUGGAGUUGGCAGAGGCUCCUCGGGGGACUAAGGGGACCGAUCUGCGUAGAAGCGGGUGGCGGGGACGAGAAGGGAGGAGAGCUCCUAGUGGGAAGCGGAGCCGGGGGCGCAGGACCCGUCGCGUCAGAGCCAGGCAAGUGAACCGGAGCAAACGACUUCCGAUCCAGUCUGCGCUGCUGCGACUCCCGUUUGGGAUUUGAUUUGCAGCAUCUUCGAGCCUGUGCAACAAAACCCCGCGAAACACGCCCAGCCCUCCCCCGGCACCCCGAUACGCACCCACUCUCUCCCGGGGACCCAGCUGGGCUAGUCCACACCCCCGCACCCUCACACCAUGUUGUGCGGAAGGACUUCCACUCCCCGCCUGUGUCGUUGAUGUCAGACCCCAGGCCAGCCUCCGGGCGCUGCAGUUCUCCCGGCUAAUGCUGAGGCUGCGGCUCGGGCUCUAGCACAGGAACCAGCUGCCGCCGCGCCCGGCCCCAGCGCCCACCGCCUGCAUGUGCCCGCCGUAGCUGCCUGCCCAGCCCGCAGCCCGCGCUCCCCGGAGCGCUGGAGACCACCGCGGGGGGCCCCUUCUGCCCUCUGGAGAAACGGUCUUGGAGGUAUUGAUUUCGGCGGUUGGAUUUUUCCCGUGGAUCUAUCAAUUCACAAUUCGAAUUUGGAAGAAAGAAGGAAAACAUGACGUCUCCAGCCAAAUUCAAAAAGGAUAAGGAGAUCAUAGCAGAGUACGAUACUCAGGUCAAAGAGAUCCGUGCUCAACUCACAGAGCAGAUGAAAUGCCUGGACCAGCAGUGUGAGCUCCGGGUACAGCUGUUGCAGGACCUCCAGGACUUCUUCCGUAAGAAGGCUGAGAUCGAGAUGGACUACUCCCGCAACCUGGAGAAGCUGGCAGAGCGCUUCCUGGCCAAGACGAGGAGCACCAAGGACCAGCAGUUCAAGAAGGAUCAGAAUGUUCUCUCUCCAGUCAACUGCUGGAAUCUCCUCUUAAACCAGGUGAAGCGGGAGAGCAGGGACCACACCACGCUAAGUGACAUCUACCUGAAUAAUAUCAUUCCUCGGUUCGUCCAGGUCAGCGAGGACUCAGGAAGGCUCUUUAAAAAGAGUAAAGAAGUCGGCCAGCAGCUCCAAGAUGAUCUGAUGAAGGUCCUGAAUGAGCUCUACUCGGUCAUGAAGACAUAUCACAUGUACAAUGCCGACAGCAUCAGUGCUCAGAGCAAGCUAAAGGAGGCGGAGAAGCAGGAGGAGAAGCAAAUUGGAAAAUCCGUGAAGCAAGAGGACCGGCAGGCCCCACGCUCCCCUGACUCCACAUCCAACGUCCGCAUUGAGGAGAAGCAUGUCCGGAGGAGCUCGGUGAAAAAGAUCGAGAAGAUGAAGGAGAAGCGCCAAGCCAAGUACACGGAGAACAAGCUGAAGGCCAUUAAAGCCCGGAAUGAGUACUUACUGGCCUUGGAAGCCACCAAUGCAUCUGUCUUCAAGUACUACAUCCACGACCUGUCUGACCUUAUUGAUCAGUGCUGUGAUUUAGGAUACCACGCCAGCCUGAACCGCGCACUGCGCACCUUCCUCUCUGCUGAGCUGAACCUGGAACAGUCAAAGCACGAGGGUCUGGAUGCCAUCGAGAAUGCCGUGGAAAACCUGGACGCCACCAGUGACAAGCAGCGCCUCAUGGAGAUGUACAACAAUGUCUUCUGUCCGCCCAUGAAGUUUGAGUUCCAGCCCCACAUGGGGGACAUGGCAUCCCAGCUCUGUGCCCAGCAGCCCGUCCAGAGUGAGCUGGUACAGAGAUGCCAACAAUUGCAGUCUCGCUUAUCCACCCUGAAGAUCGAGAAUGAAGAGGUAAAGAAGACAAUGGAGGCCACUCUGCAGACCAUCCAGGACAUUGUGACUGUCGAGGAUUUCGAUGUGUCUGAUUGCUUCCAGUACAGCAACUCUAUGGAAUCCGUCAAGUCCACAGUCUCAGAAACCUUCAUGAGCAAACCCAGCAUCGCCAAGAGGAGAGCCAACCAGCAGGAGACAGAGCAGUUUUACUUCACGAAAAUGAAGGAGUACCUGGAGGGCAGGAACCUCAUCACCAAGCUACAAGCCAAGCACGACCUUCUCCAGAAAACCCUGGGAGAGAGUCAGCGGACAGACUGCAGUCUGGCCAGGCGUAGCUCAACUGUGAGGAAACAGGAUUCCAGCCAGGCAAUUCCUCUGGUGGUAGAAAGCUGUAUCCGGUUUAUCAGCAGACACGGGCUACAGCAUGAAGGAAUUUUCCGGGUGUCAGGAUCCCAGGUGGAAGUGAAUGACAUCAAAAACGCCUUUGAGAGAGGAGAGGACCCCCUGGCUGGAGACCAGAAUGACCACGACAUGGACUCCAUAGCUGGCGUCCUGAAGCUGUACUUCCGGGGGCUGGAGCACCCGCUCUUCCCCAAGGACAUCUUCCACGACCUGAUGGCCUGCGUCACAAUGGACAACCUGCAGGAGCGAGCUCUGCACAUCCGGAAGGUCCUCCUGGUCCUCCCCAAAACCACUCUGAUUAUCAUGAGAUACCUCUUUGCCUUCCUCAAUCAUUUAUCUCAGUUCAGCGAGGAGAACAUGAUGGACCCCUACAACCUCGCCAUCUGCUUCGGGCCCUCGCUGAUGUCGGUGCCUGAGGGCCACGACCAGGUGUCCUGCCAAGCCCACGUGAACGAGCUGAUCAAAACCAUCAUCAUCCAGCACGAGAACGUCUUCCCCAACCCCCGGGAGCUGGAGGGCCCCGUCUACAGCAGAGGAGGGAGCACGGAGGAUUACUGUGACAGCCCUCAUGGAGAGACUACCUCGGCUGAAGACUCAACCCAGGAUGUGACCGCAGAGCACCACACCAGCGAUGACGAGUGUGAGCCCAUCGAGGCCAUUGCCAAGUUUGACUACGUGGGCCGCACGGCCCGAGAGCUGUCCUUCAAGAAGGGGGCAUCUUUGCUGCUUUACCAGCGGGCUUCCGACGACUGGUGGGAAGGCCGGCACAACGGCAUCGACGGUCUCAUCCCCCAUCAGUACAUCGUGGUCCAAGACACCGAGGACGGUGUCGUGGAGAGGUCCAGCCCCAAGUCUGAGAUUGAGGUCAUUUCUGAGCCACCUGAAGAAAAGGUGACAGCCAGAGCGGGGGCCAGCUGUCCCAGUGGGGGUCAUGUAGCCGAUAUUUAUCUUGCAAACAUCAACAACACCUUACAUCUCAAGAACUCAAAGCCCACGAGCACCAAGCAAAGGAAGCGGCCAGAAUCUGGGAGCAUCCGGAAAACAUUUCGGAGCGAUGGCCAUGGGCUGAGCAGUUCCCUGACUGAUUCCGCCUCCCCGGGGGUGGGGGCUAGCUGCCGCCCAUCAUCCCAGCCCAUCCUGAGCCAGAGCCUCCCCAAGGAAGGGCCGGAUAAGUGUUCCAUCAGUGGGCAUGGAAGCCUCAACUCCAUCAGCCGCCACUCGUCACUAAAGAAUCGGCUGGACAGUCCACAGAUCAGGAAGACGGUGACAGCAGGAAGGUCAAAAAGCUUCAAUAACCACCGGCCCAUGGACCCUGAGGUCAUUGCACAGGAUAUUGAGGCGACCAUGAACUCUGCGCUGAACGAGCUGCGGGAGCUGGAGCGGCAGAGCAGCGUCAAGCACACCCCGGACGUGGUUCUGGACACCUUGGAGCCCCUCAAGACCUCCCCCGUGGUGGCCCCCACUUCGGAGCCCUCCAGCCCCCUGCACACCCAGCUCCUCAAGGACCCCGAGCCCGCCUUCCAGCGCAGCGCCAGCACGGCGGGGGACAUCGCCUGCGCCUUCCGGCCCGUCAAGUCUGUCAAGAUGGCGGCGCCCGUCAAGCCUCCGGCCACGCGGCCCAAGCCCGCCGUCUUCCCCAAAACGAACGCGCCCAGCCCCGGCGUCAGCUCCUCCGCCUCCGCACAGUCCACUGACAAGUCUUGUACUGUCUGAGGGGCGUAAUUUAAUUAUCCUAGACAAGGGGACUAGAGGGACUGACUGUUAUUAAAAACCUUCCUAUUUAACUAGCUUGGGGACUCCAGUUGAAACUUAGGUUCUAAGUUGUUCUUGCCUUCCCGUCACCCAAAACCUUGAGAAUGAAGCCCUCGUUACCGCCCUGCCCCCAGCCCCCUGCUGCCCCCAGUCGUGGUGACCCAGCCAGCUACAGUACCGCAGCCCUUAGGUUAGCCGGAGCUGGACCUGCCCGCCGGCAGUCACUGUGAAGUCCUGCAGGGCGCCGCGCGGGCCCUGGGCUCGCAGCUCAAGCCCCGCGGACGCACGGGCCGCCUGAGCAGACGCGGGCCGCCCGCAGCGGCUCUCGGUGGCGUCUUGUAUUGGGUACUGGUUAUAGAGGGUCAUGUACAGUCCAUGCUCCGUUUUACACACACACACGCACACACACACACACAAUAGAGGGUCAUGUACAGUCCAUGCUCCGUUUUACACACACACAGACAAGCACACACACACACGCACGCACACACACACGUAGAUUUUUCUAGGCUCUGGCAUGUGUAGCCUCCCCUGGUCCUAGAUAGACCGCCUCUUUGUAAGUUAUUGUGGCAGUUCACACAGGAGCCACCAGGGGUCUCUGUUUCCGUUACAAAUCUCAUUCUGUUUGGGCCAGAGAACCUAGCCUUUGCAAUCUCUCCACCAUACGAAAUUUAGCAGGAUGGGACUCGAUCCUGUAAACUGUCUGGGCUUGGCAGUUUCUCUCUGUCUUUUUUCUAUUGGUGUGAAUUGGUCAUUGGUGUUUGCUUUUGCUCUCCUCCAUUCUCUGGAACUACAACCCAAUCUUAUUAUGGAACUUCUAAAGUUUUUCUGAAUGUAUAGACAUUUCUUGGGGUCCUAUCUUUGUCUCUGAUGGACCAUUUUCCAUUUAAGACAUUUUCCUGUAUAAGACAGUUUUAUAGUUGGUUCCUUUUAGGGUAAAGAGUCUUAAGACAGUUUUAUUGUAUUUGUGGCAGGUUUGGAAAAGGUAAGAAAUGGGUCCUUCCUCCCACUUUUUUGGGUACUUAAGACAUAAGAUUUAUUAUCCUAUUAAAAAUUAAAUUCAGCUUUGCUAAUCCUAAAAUCAUUCCCAAAUGAAAAUUUAUUCUAAGUUUACCACCUAGUUGGGACCAAUGGGGCUUAGGAGCCUUAGUUAGAUUAAAGAGACACAGAGCCCCUUAAAACUGAUCUCUGUUUAUCUGGACAAGGACACUAAGAGAACUCUGGCCCCAUGAGCUUUAAAGUCUUUCCAAGACCUGAAUGUAAGAAAAUCAAAAAUUGGAUGCUGACUCUUCUGGACUCCCUUUGGCCUUUAUGGUUCUCCUCCAAAAAGCAAAAAUCUCAUCUGCUAUAAUCACUCCCCACAUCUGGUGCCCACAGUCCCAGCUCCCCCAGCUCUCCCAGCAUCAUGCUGUCCCAGGGAGACCAGAGCUAGGGAUGGGCACACCCCAGGCUCACCGGUCUCAGACAACUACUUGAGUUAAAGCUGAAACCCAUUCCUCCUCUUUGUUUUCUGGUGUUUAAAACUGCGCUUUUUGCCUUGUUUUUCACAGUUUGGGAAAGAUAAUGGGUUGCCAUUCAGAUAGGAAAAUCUAAAUUGUCUUAACUUUGGCCUAAAAGAUCCUUUUCAAAUUAACAUUUGGAAGCUGGUAGUCAUCUCUAUGAAAAGAGGUAGGGUUUUCCUCCUUCAGCGUGAAGGAAGAGAGGAGCUCUAUGGAAAGUUGCCAGUUAGAAAAGUAGCCUGCAGCAUCAGGAAAAUCAUCCCACAGGCCAGGGUGGAAAGAUGGAGCGCUCUUUCAGUGAGUGUGUCGGCCUGUGAGAGGCAACCCACAGUCCUCUGGAUCCUCAGCUUCUUUGCUCUGUGUGGUGGCCUGUCCUUGUAUGUCACCAGAACUUAUGCAGGCCCUGAGCCAAGAGAGGGCUUUCAUAGCCAAGGAUCUGUCUCCUUGCUGAAAAUGAAACCCCGCCCUUCCCUUGACAUUCCUUCUGAUCCGACUGGCCAAAAUCGGUGCCCAUACCUGCCCUUUUGCUCUUUUCCUGGCACGUCCUUCUCUUAAGAAAGAAAAGGCAAAACUUCCUUAAUGACAACACCUGGGACCUGUUCUGUUGCUCCUGCCUUAGGUCUCUUUCAGCCCUGCACCUGACGUGGGUCCACCAUCCCCACAGUCAGGGUCCAUCUGCUGGUCUGCAUCACGGACUGGACGGUGUGUGUGUGCUCAUCGGCUACCCCCUCUCUGGGCACUGAGUUGUCUUUCCCCCUCUGGUGCUCCUGACACUGGUGAGAUGGUCCUGCCCCGAGGACUAGGAACCCCAGGAGGAGAGUCCUUCUCAGCAGAGCUCAUUGCAGUCAACUGGAAUCGAGGUUACACACUGUGAUUUUUACACCGAAAAGCCAAGCAGAGCUGGCCACCCAGGGUCUCGGGAGACCAGUCUUCCUCAGAUUAGCUUCCUAAACCAGCAUGAUGCUUCAAAGAGCCCCACUCUGCCCCUGGAGGCCUGGAUCCUUUUCCUGGUGUGGACUCUGAUGGGUCAGUCUUUGGGACACAGAGGUGGGGUGGAGCUACCAGCAUCCCAGUUUGGAAAAGAGAGGAGUUUGCAGCCAGCAGCCUGUAAACUGGAAACACUGGUCUCAGCCAACCUCCUCAGGGCGCCCUGGUUUCUCCCCAAAGAGAUGAGGAGAGAUGACGCCAGCAACAGGAUGAACAGACCACUGGAAGGGCUGGUGUAUAUGUACUUCAUAUUCAGAAGAGAAGUUAGAUCUUCCAGGGAAUUGCAAUGUUGUGACGUCUGACUUGUAUGUCACGUUUGUGUAAAAUGGUAUAUUCUUUAAAAUAGUGUUGAUAACUGGAAUAUUGUAUGUAUGCUUGGAGAUGCUUUGUGUGAACCUAAGACUGUCACUCAACAGAUGUUGGAUUGGGGAAAAUCCAAAGCACAACUUCGAAAUAAAAUACAUUUUUAGGUUUCGA